AUGAAGGUUUUAUUUAAAGCACGUGCGAAGUUUUGUCGUCGUUUCGUUGAGGACACUUACGAGUGUAAAGAGCGUGGUGUUGGUGAUAUUAUAAGAUACUGUUCAAACGAAAGGACAAGGAAAUGCCGUGUUGUGAUGAGACAAAGUGAACAGCUACUGAAAGUGUGUGCGAACAGGCCUCUUGUGGACGGGAUAACUAUCGAAAUGAAACCGGGCACUGACAGUGUUUGCAUGUGGAUGUGUGAGGAUUAUUCCGGGGACAUGCACGGCACGAGAGAAUGCUUCGAAGCAAAAUUCAAGGCUGAGAGCGACUAUGCCAGAUCACUUCAUGUCGGUAUUCCGUGCUGGUUGUCUUGCGAAGCAAACAACAACUGA